AUGCUGAGCAGCAGCUUCGAGGACGACCCCUUCUUCGCUGAUUCCUUUCUUGCACACCGAGAAAGUCUGCGCCACAUGAUGAGAAGUUUCUCUGAACCUUUUGGAAGAGACUUGCUCAGUAUCUCUGAUGGUAGAGGAAGAACCCAUAAUCAUAGAGAACAUGAUGAUGGAGAAGAUUCCUUAACUCAUACAGAUGUCAACCCUUUUCAGGCAAUGGAUCAGAUGAUGUUAAAUAUGCGAAAUGGUAUGCAGGAGUUACAAAGAAACUUUGGUCACCUUUCAAUGGAUCCAAAUGGGCAUUCAUUUUGUUCUCCCUCUGUUAUGACCUAUUCCAAAGUAGGAGAUGAACCACCGAAGGUUUUCCAGGCCUCAACUCAAACCCGUAGGGCUCCAGGAGGAAUAAAAGAAACCAUAAGAGCAAUGAGAGAUUCUGACAGUGGUCUAGAGAAAAUGGCUGUUGAUCAUCCUAUCCAUGACAGAGCUCAUGUCAUUAGAAAGUCCAAGAACAACAAGACUGGAAAUGAAGAGGUCAAUCAAGAGUUCAUCAAUAUGAAUGAAAGUGAUGCUCAUGCUUUUGAUGAUGAGUGGCAAAAUGAAGUUUUGACGUACAAGCCUAGUGGAUGACCAUACAAUCUAGAAAAUACUAGAAUGCGAAGUGUGGGUCAUGAUAAUCCAGUGUCACGAGAACUCAAAAA